AUGAUCGAGCAACUUAAAAAUUUUAUUCGUCAUGGUAAACAGGCAAAACAAACACCUUUUCAAGAAAAUCCAAAACCACUGAAUCCCGAAGAAAAUUUUAGAGAGAAUCCAGAAGUAAAAUCAAGAGUAGAUGAUGCAACCGUUGCUAUGAUCGUAGCGGAAGAAAAAGAAGAAAAAAAUAAAAUUCCAACGUAUCCUGGUUUAGAAAGAUAUAUAUUCUUGGAAAAAAUGGGAGAUGGCGCAUUCAGUAAUGUGUAUAAAGUAUUAGAUACAAGUGAAAAAAAGAAAGUUGCAAUUAAAGUGGUGCGUAAACGUGAGCUUAAUCAUUCACAGGAGAAACAUCUUCAUCGUGAUAUGAAAAAGAAGCCUCGUGCUAUUGAGAGAGCCAAUAUUCUUAAAGAAGUACAAAUAAUGCGUCAAUUGAAACAUCCAUCAAUCGUUUCCUUAUUAUCAUUUUCUGAAUCAACAGAUUAUUAUUAUCUUGUUAUGGAAUUGAUGGAAGGUGGAGAGCUAUUCCAUCAAAUUGUUAAACUUACUUAUUUCUCUGAAACUUUAGCAAGGCAUGUUAUUGUUCAAGUAGCAGAGGGAAUAAGAUAUUUGCAUGAAGAAAAAGAAAAUCUUCUUUUUGAUUCUAUUCCAAUCAUCCCUUCCAAGAAUCCACCACCACCAAAUCCCUAUGAUGAGUAUAAAGAGGAUGAAGGUGAAUUUAUCUCUGGUGUUGGUGGAGGAGGUAUAGGAAGAGUCAAAAUAGCAGACUUUGGGUUAUCAAAGAUAGUAUGGGAUGAACAGACAAAGACACCUUGUGGCACAGUAGGAUAUACAGCACCUGAGAUUGUCAAAGAUGAAAGAUAUAGUAAAAGUGUUGAUAUAUGGGCACUUGGAUGUGUUCUAUAUACAUUAUUAUGUGGAUUUCCUCCAUUUUACGACGAAAGUAUUGACGAUUUAACCGAGAAAGUUGCUAAAGGCGAAUAUACAUUUUUAAGUCCUUGGUGGGAUAAUAUUUCAGAUUCAUCAAAAGACUUGGUUUCAAAUCUUCUUGCAGUUGAUCCUGAAAAAAGAUAUACAAUCAAUCAAUUCUUUGCACAUCCAUGGGUUAAAGAUGAGCCAUUCCAACCAAGAAAAAAUUCAGCAAAAGAUAAACGUAUUGUUAGAUUCAUGGAAAAAGAUAACCGACAACAAAAACUAAAACUUGACUCACCGCUUAUUUAUGAAGAAGUAUUAGGCACACCGGGGGAAAUCAUUAGACGUAAAGAUGUAUUGUCACCAGGUAUUUCUUUGAAGGAAGCAUUUGAUGUCGGUUUUACUAUACAUCGAAUGGAAGAAGAGAGUGCUAGAAAAAGAAAGUUGAAGGCUAUGAAACCAAAUAAUGCAUUUUCAACAUUCACUGCCAAAUUAAACCCUUAUACAACCGAUAGUGAUGAUGAAAGUGAAACAGCAUCAUCACCAGAAAAAUUAUCUGUCAUCGGUUCUAAAAAUACCACCGCUUCUACCACCUCCAGUACUACCAGUGGUAAUAAGGCUACUACAAAGCAACCGGUUAAAAUGAAAACAGGAACAGGUGUUGGAUUUUCUCAAUCACUGGGAACAAACAAACAUGCUAAAGAAACAUCAAGACGUAAAGCGUUUGAGUUAAAUAUGGAAGGUGCGACUUUAUUAGGGAGAAGACGAAAAGCUUUAGAGGCAGGUGGUAUUUAA